GUGAUUUUGGAGAGUGGUAAAUAUGAUCUAUACAAAUCAUAUGAAAUUUAAUUAAUUUUUUCAGUCAGCCAAGGAAUUACAAAAUAAUGGGUAAAUUCUACACAUGCUACCCAUUCGUUAACAUUAAAAACCACUACAUAGGAAAAUACAGUAAAAUAUACCCCCGAAUCUUAAGUCCGGUGCUCCAACGUUGCGCAUGCGUCAAACCGCGUUUUUGAAUGAGCGGGACAGGAAACUCUGCAUCCUUUACCAACGAACCGUGAGCUGAAGCUGAGGAAGCACACACCAAACAGCAAUGGCAGUCCAGUUAAGAGUCAUUUUACAAGAACACAGCAUUAAGAAGUUGACACUUCCAACAGGAAUUCCCAAUACAGUAGACGAUCUUGUUUCCAUAAUUACUAAAACUUUCCAAUUGCAUGGGGAAUAUGGACUACUAUACCAAGACAAAGACUUUGACAAUCAGUUUUUCAGUGUCACCUCAACUGCUGACUUGUAUGACAAGGCCACUGUUAAAAUGAUCCUAAAAGAGCCUAACAUCACCCUUGACCUACACCCAAUAUUUGAAUCAGGACCAUCAUCUACAUUGAGCUCUUUGAGUUCUGUGAGCAGCCAUCUUGCAAGUACUCCUGAAACAAACAUCUGCCCUGAAGAUCAUGAUGCAUCCUCACAGGUGUCCGACUCCACAUCGUCAGAUUCCAGCGACACCAUUAUUCUGCCUGAUUCAUGUCGCCUUGCUGCAUGGCCAGUGCCAUUUCAAGUACCUGAGUUUUCCAGAGACAUACAACUAAACCUUGCAGAGGCAAACAACUCAUAUCAUGCCACUGGAAGACACUUCAUGGAUGCCAGCGUUAAAUCAGCAAUAAUGCAAGAAAUGUUUAAAGAAAGGUGGCCAGCAUUAUUCAUUGAAGCUCAGAUCAAGGAAGAGUUCAGAUGUAUCACGACAGUUUCUUUGGAGGAGACAUUCAUGCUAAAGCUUGAUGAGUACACACCAGGUCUUAUGCAGCUUAUGCGUGCUAAAGGAGGGGCUGCUGGUUCCAAGAUGCACCCUCUGUUGGACACUUUAAAUGACACACAGAGCAUUGAGGAAAAAAGGGAUGCAGUUGUCUGCUGCCUCAUUAACUACCUUGGUGAAAGACAAGAAGAUCUUUUCCAUGACUGCCAGGAAUGUGAGGACUACACAGACAAAACAAUGAAGGUGAUCGUGAUGCACAACAUCAUGGCUGAGGAGGAUCCAUCAGAUGUGUCGAUUGUGAUUGAGGGAAACCAAGUGAUGGAAGGAUGUGGAAGGCGAACAAAGGCAUGUGUACUGCUGAUGGGACUGAUAUAUGCCCUCAACCUUGACUAUCCAAAGCAGCUCAAGAACACAUUUGAAGCUUUUCAAAAACUCUUUUUGGAACUUGAUGGGGAAAAACUACUGAAGAAGGUCCACAGCCUCAAAAACAAGCUCGUGCAAUAGACAUACAUUUCCCCUCUUGUUCCAAGAGGAACUUUUGUCUGGACAGAGAGUUUUAAUGGAGUCUAGUUUUAUAUUUUUGUUCUCUUCCCUCCUCUGCUCCACACACAGACACAGAAAUAUAUGUACAGAUGGAUACACAAGUAUGUUGCAGCCUCUCUCAGCCCACUCCAUUGUUCUCUGAUUUCUCCACAUUGACAGAAAUGGAAAAGCAAUAGAAACUGGCCAGUCUGGUCAAUACCACUGACUGAAUCCUGAAGAAUUUUGAACUCACCCUCUUUCCCUCCCCAUUUGUUUGUUUCUUUUAUUCUCAUCCUGUCUCUGAGAGUGAGAGCAAGCACAGAAACUAAAGGAUGUUGGUUUUCUGAUCUGUCUUUAUCCAGAUGUUUGAUACUGUACACACAGAAACAAUCUUGUAGAGUUUGUGUGUGGGUUUUGUGGCUUUUAAAAUAGAGUAAGGGGCCUCUGAAAGUGUUGUUUGCAUUGACCAAUUAUCCAGAAAGAACAUUUGAAGCCUUUAGCUUAGUGAGUUAUAAAACGGGUUUAUUCAUUGAAAUGUUGUGUGAAGGUGUGUACUGCACUUUAUUCAUUUUUGGAUAAUUUAGUGUAUUAUUGCUGCAUAUAAACAAGGCAGUUCAGUUAUUUGUUGUGUAUAAAUACACCUGCAGAUUGCAGAUUUGCUCAGUCACUGUUGUGUGAGGCUGAAGAAACACAAGUAAGAGUUUAGAUACAAGAAAAUCUUCAUGUGAUUGGACAUCCCUUGCACCUCUGCUCUGAUCACCUCACUUCUCCUUUUCUCUGAUCUACUCCUUUAUUAUUGAGCAGUCUGGAUGUCCUAAAACAAGGAUAUGUUUUAUUGUCCAACAUUACUGAAACAGCAUUUGAAGUUGUUAGGUUAUAACACAGGUUCAUUAUUUGAAAUGUUGUGUGACACUGUUGUGCUGCAGUUUAUUCUGUGUUUUUGUUUUUGAUGACUUUAUGUAUUAAAAACAUUGAGAAGGUGUAUGAUCUGAAUGUCUUUUUUGGGGGUACAUCUUACCUUCUCUGAAUAAGUAAUGGUUAUUAACUGAUUUUAAUUAACUUUGAUUUGUAAUUAUCAGGUAUUACCUACUAGCAAACAAGAAAAAGUUUUACCUAAUUUAACUGAGUAAGUAGCUGUUGAAUAUAUACAUAAAUAUUGGGUAAAUUUUACCCAAUUUCUUUAAGUAUUUCAUAUAUUUUUUGUUCAGUUAAUUUAUACUCAAUAUAUGGAAUUGAAUCUACCCCAACAGAGUAGAUGCAAAUUGUUACCUCACAUUUAUUAGGUAAAUUCUAUAGGUUACUUUUUU